AUGAUUAUAUCUGUUCAUCACUAUAUUCAGAAAAAUAUACUUAGUGUUAACUGGCAAUCACAUCAGGCCACUAACCUUCACAAAGAAGUUUCUUUGACAACUGAAGUUGGUAAGGCAACUGUUGCCCAUAUUCUUGCUGAAUAUAAUAAAACUGGAAAGGUUAAAGCAUCAAUACAAGGUCACUGGAUUUCCAAAGACUUUCAAGAAGAAUACUUAAGUACUAUUCGUAACCUUAUUUUUUCUGCGAACAAAGAUGGUAUUCCAACCACCCUUCGAACACUGGUCCUAAAAUUAUCUGAUUUAGGCUUUUCUAUUUCAAAAGCCCAUCUUGCAU